GCGCCUGAUUGAGGGAGGAGAACUGAUCAAUGUGUUUACAUGAAGCACAGUAGAAGAGAUCGCCUAUACCUACUUUCAUUUGACACCCCGAGACUGAAACUGGAAGUGAAUUCUGAUAUUAUCCACAACACAAGCCAUGCAGAUGCCUGGAAGAGCUUAUGAAACCUAUGGACAAUCAGCGCGUCCUUUCCAUCCGGACUAUGCCACUUCAUCAAAACCGAGCACAGGGAAAUCCUUCACAAUCGACGCUCUGCUUGCAAGGCCUGACCAUACGGAGAGAGACAGAACAAGUGUGUAUCGGAACAUAACCAAUCAAGCGCCAGUCUCUAGUUCCGCUGUCCCAUUUGCGGUACAAGUGUACUCGCAAAUGCCACACUUUGCAUACAACCAGAGUAUCAUGCAGACGCAGACUGGGUAUCCAAUUUUCUGCUACCCGCGUUACAAUUACCAGACAACAUGCCGUGGAGCUAUAUAUGCACAAGAUGCCGUACUGGCUAAAGCAGCAGUCCACUCUCACUAUAAACACAAAGCUGGAAAAUCAAAGCGAAUGCGCACAAGUUUUACCAAUGAGCAACUGUCCAGACUGGAGAAGGAGUUCGCACGGCAGCAGUAUAUGGUGGGAUCAGAGCGCUUCCUCCUGGCAUCUGCUCUCCAGCUCACUGAAGCACAGGUUAAAGUUUGGUUCCAGAACAGACGCAUCAAGUGGCGAAAGCAGAGUCUUGAGCAACAACAAGCCAAACUAGCCAAACUGGGACUCGCCGUGCCGCCAAAGAGCCCCGGGUCUCAGGGCAGAGAGGAUGAGAGAGAUUUCACAGAAGAGUCUGAUGUGGACAUUGACAUCGAAGAUUCACUUCAAGACUGAGAAAAUCACACU